AUGGCGCACCACGCGUCGGAGACUUCCCUGAAGCGCAAGUGCCCUGAAAAUGAUCGCGAGGAGACGCCCGGCAUGUGCACCAACAACGGAUGCGGCUACUUCGGCUCCACCGCCACCGGCAACAUGUGCUCCAAGUGCUACAAGCAAGAACAGGUCAUCGCCGCCGGUGACAGCACGGCCGCGGACAGCGUCUUCAUCCCUGCAGCUUCCACCGCGCGGCCGGAGAAGAAGGCCAAGACGAUCGUCUCCGUCGCGUCCUCUGACGGUGCUGAGCCAUCCUUGGCGUCCACGAAGCAGCCGACGCCGGCGACGAACCGGUGCGCGACGUGCCGCAAGAAGGUGGGCAUGCUGGGGUUCCGGUGCCGCUGCGAGGGCACCUUCUGCAGCGUCCACCGCUACUCCGACAAGCACGAUUGCGGCUUCGACUACAAGACGGCCGGCCGGGAGAAGAUUGCCAAGAACAACCCCAUGGUUGUUGCCGACAAGAUCGCCACGAGGAUCUGA